AUGGGUGGACGAAUGGCCGAUAAUCUUCGGAAAAAUGGAUACAACCUUGUCGUCUGUGAUCCUGAACCUGCUAACAUACAAAAGCAGGUCAAUCAAGGUGCAAUAGCUGCUGCCAAUGCUAAAGAAGUAGCAAAGCAAUGCAACACUAUCAUUACGAUGCUACCAUCCACUGCCACCGUCGAGUGUGUCUACAUGGGAGACAAUGGCAUUCAUGAGGCUUUACAUAGUGACCAUUUGUUGCUUGAUUCAAGCACCAUUGACCCUAUCUUUACCAAAAAACUUAGCAAAGAAUUGCAUGAUCGUGGAGCAACUUUUGUGGACGCUCCAGUGUCUGGUGGCGUAGCUGGAGCUCAGAACGGGACGCUGACGUUCAUGGUGGGUGGAGAGGUGGAAGAAUUUGAACGUGUCAAGCCGCUGUUGACGGCUAUGGGGAAAAACUUGGUUCAUUGUGGUGGCAGUUCUACGGGCCAAAUUGCCAAGUUAUGCAACAAUCUAGCGUUAGCUAUUCAGAUGGCGUCCAUUGCAGAGGCUAUGAACCUCGGUACGACACUAGGUAUUGAUCCUAAGAUCCUCAAGGACAUCAUGGACACGUCCACAGCCUCGUGCUGGUCUACCUUAGUCAACCACCCAUACCCGGGCUUAAUGGACAAUGUACCAUCGUCGAAUAACUAUGAAGGCGGGUUUGCUGUUGCGUUGCACCGGAAGGACCUGGGACUUGCCAUGGACUGUGCCAAGCAGGCUGAAGUAUCGGUACCUCUAACCUGCCAGGUGCACCAGCUCUUCAACAUGAUGGUCACGGGUGGCUACGGCAAGAAAGACUUUAGCUAUCUCCUUCCGUAUCUUAAGAACGCGCUAGUUCAGCAAUUGUCCUGGCGUCGUGUUUUGUUGGCUGAGCCGUCGACCUUUGCUGCAUCGGGGAUCUGCUUGCGCACGUUGAGUCGUUCGUCUACUUUGCUCAGAUUGGAGAGACUAGCGGUAAAGCGUCAAGAAGUUGGUGAGCCCAAAAGUCCACUCAGUGUCGUGAUGGCGUCUAAUCUAUCUUAG